AGGACCAGAUUGCCCUAAACAAAAAACACCCUGAUUGUCCCCGGAAAAUAACAAAAUCGAUUGAAGUUCGUUCUUUAUCACAAGAUGCAGUUCCCUUGAUAUAUGUUUCCGGCGCACUCACCCUUUUACUUUUUGAAAAGCUACCACGUCACACCUCUACAAAGCCUGACCAAAUAGUACCUCUACCGCCUACCCUAGCAAGAACCUCUUUCAACCAGUUCCAACACUGAUUCAGUGAAACCAAACCCGCAUCGAUUUUAGGUUUUUUUUUCCGCCUUUGCGUGACAGGGCAAGUACCGUUAGCGCGUAUGCCGACGCAACGGCUGGCGCAGUAGUCACGGUUAGUACUUACAACAGGAGCAUUUAUUUGGUGAGUCCAAGAACGCCUCUCAUUUUUAGACUUUUGAAAAUGGACUCCUUCUCUCUCGCUCCCUUGCAGCAUAAAGCAAGUACGGUGGCACUAAAGGUGUUUGCCAAGUGUGCAGAUUUUAAGACGAAAUACAUGCUUCUCGUCGUGUUGGCUCAUACACCAAUCCACCCGCUUAUUGCGCUGUUAAAAGCUUUGUGAAGUAGAAGUUUUCAGCUCUACUUAUUCGCAGCACAGCGGUAACAUUUUACUUGGAUUUAUUCAUUUCUUCGUCUACUUGUAGUUUACUUUACGUCUAGCCAGAAAAAUACAAAUACGUAACUCCAACAACUAUCAUGGCACGCCCUCGAGGAGGAGGGAACAAGCAGCAGCAGGGGAGAAACGUCGGCCAAGAUGCUGGUUCCACCUCUGUUGCGGGUGAUGCGACGAACUCGAACCCCGGAAGAGCGACGACGUCGAGGACACAAGCGACACAAUUGCCGCAACAAGGCACAUCUUCAAAUGGUGAAAAAAAUGCAAGCUUGAACACCGCAUCAGCAGCCCAAGAGGAUGAGAUCGUCAUCGUCUGGCUGCGCGACGACAUGCGUUUUGUCGACAACCACGCACUGGCCUACGGCGAGCCGCCAGACGCGCAUCUAAAAUCUGAUGCUGGUGGUGUUGGGUCGCAACAGAGAUUCUAUGGCAGUAAAGCGCCAUCUUCAUCCGGUACCGGGAAUACGAACAGCACUGCAAACAAGCAGAAAAACACAAAGCAGCAACAAAAUAGUACUUCUGUCACCCGCCGGAUCCUUCCCGUGUUCAUCCACAACCCAGCGGACUGCUCCCCCUGGCCCCUCCGCGGCGCGGGAUUGUGGUACAAGGGGAAAUCCUUAAGAACUUUCGCCGAGGAGUUGCAGACCAAAUACGGGCUGAAAUUGAUCAUCCGCUCCGGCGACCCGCUGGACGUGAUGCUGUCUCUCAUCGCCGAAACGGGAGCGACGAGGGUCGUGUUUAACGAGAGGUACCUAUCAACAGUAACUUUCCCGUACACGUACAAAUGCGGUCUCUGCAUGGCAAAAUUUAGCUUUUAUAUCCUAGUUUAGCAUGACAAGUUCCACACUCCAAAUUGGGGAAAUUUGUGAUGCAUCUUGUACAUGUACGGGAAGUUUGUAUUGCAUAGUAUGAGCCUUGGUAUGUCUCCGAGGAUGAUUGGGUGCGGGCGGAACUUAUGAAAAUAAUUCCGGGUGACAAUCUGUCGGAGAAGUGUUCGAGUGAAUUCUGGGAAGAAUAUAAGUACAGCUGUGGAGGAGCGAGUGCAUCUGGGACGGCUGGUGGUACAAGAAACCAACAUGCCACAGCGGCAACAACUAACAACCCAAACACGCCCACCCCAACCGCGACGACCGCCAGCAGCACGCCCGCUCCUGCUUUCCCAGACGAUUUAGAUCCCCAGACCCAGCAGGAGUUAAUCGAUGCUGGGAUACUGUAUCUACCCGGGGAAGAAAAUGCAAGUGCAGAAAACCAGUUGCUUGCAACCGACGACAGCAACACAAGUUCAAGCACACCACCUUUCGACUUGGUUUUCGUGUCCAAAAUUCAGGUCGACGUUAUAUGGCCUGCUCAAACGUUACAAUCUCAAACGUUACAAUAGAAUCUGAGAUUUAUGUUGCCUGAUGAGCAUGACAGACUCGCAGAGCGUUCGCCACUUUCUGCAAUACAAAUGUCGCCAGAUUGUAGUGGGGUUUGGGACUCUGGAACUUGUCAUGCGCAAUCUCAUGAGAAUUGGCCAGAUCAUGCACUCUUGCAUCACAGAUUUCCAUAUUCUAUUGUAACGUUUGAAAUUGUAACACCUGAGCGGGUUAUACGUUACCCCGGGAUCGCUUCUGGUCGCCCCGUGGGUAGCGGAUCCGGAGGUGAAUGCUGAGGGCUGGGGGUUCGGUAGCGUGCAGUGGUACAAGAAAGCGGUGUGCAACAUCCCGCAGGAGCAUUUGGUGGUUAAGUACCUGAACAGCGAUAGUACUGCAGAUCACAAUGGCGUUCGGCAGAACUACACGACCAAACAGCAAAACGGCACCGGCCGGACCGCCUCCGCGCAGACAACAGCUGUGGAUUUGGAAGAGUACUUGAAGCCUUUGCCCAGGAUAAAACAGCUUAUCGGGUUGAAGAACCAGAAUGCGAUUUUUUCCUUUACGUUGGAUGAUUUGGGCUACGAUGUCUACACGUGUGGGAAAAACAUGCCGGUAUCGAAGAAGAAAUCGGAGAAAAUGAUGGAGGACGAAAAAUUGAACUACCUGCCGAAGAACGCACCGGGCUGGAUGAAGCACCAUCCGCAGUGGAAUUCCGGUCGGUUUAAGCAGUACAAUCCGCGGUAUUUGGAGACAAAUCUUAAACCGAUGGCUGUUGUUGCGGCCGCGACAAGCAAUAGCAAAGAGAAAGAUGUUGCUGAGCCCUCGCCUCCUGUGUUAAACAAGCCCAAACCGAAGUACGACAAUCCCGCGAAACAGGACUGGGCGUACGAAAUGAAGAAGUUUUGGACGGUGGGAGAGCAAGCAGGGUUGAACCGCUUGGAGAUUUUCUGCAACGAGAUUCUCGCUGAAGGCUUGUUUGAGGGCAGAGAACGAUUCCGGGCGGAUAGGGAGUACACCGCGAUGUUGAGUCCCUACGUCCGGUUCGGAGAGUUAACCGCCAGGACGUGCUUCGCGCGGGGAGCGUUGGUUUUAGGCGAGAUCAACCUACCGGAAAAAGGGUGGCGACAAUUACGUGCGACGUUUCUGAGGCGGUUUCUGUGGCGAGAUUUGGCCUAUUGGUGCUUGUGGCGGUUUCCGGACUUACCGGAUACGAGUUUGAGGCGACAGUACGAGCACCAGAAGUGGUGGACGAUGAAGGAUGAGGAGGAAACUGGAACAGCUACAGGAAAUAUUAAAACGAGCGGAACAUCAACAUCAAAAGCUGCAACAUCAUCUUCCGGCUUUGCAACAAAUAAAGAUGAAGACGCUCCUGCCGAGGCCAAAACCCGCAGUCGUUUUCGGAAGAAGAAGGACGACAGUGCGAACGCCUUGCUCAGCGUGAAGAAGGAGGCUAUCAAGUGUAAAAAUGUCUGGGUCUGGAACAAAGCAAGUUGUCAUGCUAAAUCUGAAUCAUGUAAAAAUCAGUGCUGCAUGAUUACCAAAAGCUGUCCACUUUUGACCUUAUCGAGAGGCAGUUUCUCAUGCAGGAUAGGCAUGAUAGAACUCUCACAGAAUCUCUCGUGCUAUGUCCUUCAUACCAGACCUCAUGGGUCAUGGAAAACCUGCAUGACAAGUCUGGCACUCUUCCAGACCCAGACACUUUUGCAGUUGAUAUAGGCGGCGGCGAUACAACAGCAGCAGUUAACCGGAUCCUUUGCGCCCGCGGGAAGAACAGGUCCGAACAAUAUUGCUGGACAAGGAAAUAACAAUUCCAUGGUUGGCGCAGCAGGAGCAGCACCGGGUGGUAUAACAGGAAAUAAAUCGCAGCAGAAUAAAACCGGUCCCUCCGAGCAGGAAAAAGAGCUUUUGAAAGAGCAGUCCUACGCAAACCAAACGUCGAAUAAGAUCAACGAGAGUUUAAAAUCCCGGUUCACCAACAACAGCUCUCUCGAGACGAAAGACAGAUUACGCCGGUGGCAGCGGGGGAAAACCGGGUUCCCCUUAGUAGACGCAGCGAUGGUGCAGCUGUGGAAGAUCGGGUGGAUGCCGAAUUACCUUCGCCACGUGGUGGCGCAAUUUCUGAUCGAGUACUUGGAUGUGAACUGGAAGCACGGCUUCGAAUGGUUCGACUACACGCUGAUCGACACCGAUGUUUCCAUUAACGCCCACAUGUGGCAGAACGGGGGCCAUUCUGGCCUCGACCAAUGGAACUUUGUGAUGCACCCGGUGUUUGCGGCCAAGUCUUGUGACCCCGAGGGAAACUACGUGAAGCGGUGGCUGCCGGAGUUGGCCAGCUUCCCGAUCGAGUACAUUCACUGUCCCUGGGAGGCGCCGGCGAAGUUUGACAUCAUGGUGUUGCAGGUCCACAAUUACCCGAUGCGGAUCUUGCAGGAUUUGGACAAAGCGAGAAAAAAGCACGCGGAGAACGUGUUGGAGGUGCGGAAAAAGUUUCGCAAGGAGUUAGUGUCUAUGAACUGCAAAAGCAUCGUACUAGUUCUAGUAUAAAUUGCAUUACAAAUUUCCUUCGCAUGACAGAUGAAAUUUGUAAUGCUGUUUUAGGUAAGGAAGGCGAUUUGUCAUGCAUGUCUCCAAUUAGUACGAGUACGAUACUUUUGCAGUUCAUAGUGUCCGGCCGUGGGAACGAGUUUUUGUGGCUGGAUUGCGACUACGUCGGAGAUAUGCAUUGCAAAAGUAACGUAGUAGUAUAAAUUGCAUUACAAAUUUUGGCAAGAAGAAAAGUGGGAUUUGUACUGCUGUUUUACCUUAGGAGGAAGAUUUGUCACGCAUAUCUGCAAUUACUACGAGUGCGAUACUUUUGCACAGCAUAGGAGAUUUCACGCCGGAAUGGGAGGUAGAGAAAAGGGAGAAGGGGUUGGAAUGGCUGGAGAAAAUCGAGAUGAUGGAGCUGCAGAUGCAAGAGCAGGGGAUUGGUGUGAAUGUGCGGAAUGGCACGAGGGCAGAGACGACGACAAACAACGCAGCUACCCGAGGAGGUGCUGGACCAGUGCGACAAGACGACCCCGACACCAUGAAUCUGAUCACCGCCCAGCAAUUCCAGCAGAUCCAGGUGCAGAACGGCCUGGCUGAAAACAACUACAAUUCGUCUGCGAAUUCAACCGCUAAAGGAAACGGCAAGUCCGCGACUUGGCUGCCGAAGAACCUGAAUGAGCGGCGCGCGAAGGCCUACGAGAAGUCGUUUCUUCCGAAAGAGGUCUUGCAGCAAAAAUCGAACAAGAAAAAGCAUCAGCAGGCUUUAGCGGAGGAGCGACAAAGCCGGAAGCCGAACAAACGGGGGAUGCUGCGACGCGUGGAGCUGAUCACAAGAGUGGAUUUCCGCGAGGAUAGCUUGGACUUCCUCACUGUGCAGACUGCGGACAAGCCACGGCAUUUCAAAAAGCGGGAACUAAAAAACACGUGGGAGCAGCAGAUCAUGACCGAAGUGAUGGGCGAGUGGAGGCGAGGCGGUGGGGAGGAGAAGGAGGACGCGCUGUGAUGUGAUGUUUUAGGAUUUUUAGUGGAGGUCUUGAAGUAGAUCGGAAGAACGCGUUCGUCCAAUAUAUGUCCUCGAUAGAUGAAGCGCUUUGUUCUUUUCCCGCUCAAAAUCAAAUUUUACGUGAAUAGUAGAAGCGACUGAGGAUGACGAUUGCGAGUCUAGUACGAAUUAGUUCGACUCUUUUGAUGGGGCAAAAGUGAAGUGAUAGAUCCACCUUCUGUUUCUCGAGUAAGUUGCGACCAUGCGACAUCAAAUUUUCCAAUGUGAAUGUACAUUGACGAAUUGGGAACCGGGUAUAAUGACCUUUGUCAUUGCGACGAGGAAACGCUCUUUGCGUUCAGGAUAAUGAACUUGACGUAGACGAGCGUCAAAGCACAGAACGUCACGGUGGGGCUGCUCCCGUUCACGUAUAGGAGAGUCGUGUUCGUG